AUGGUCAAGGCGAUUUUCAAAAACCUUGUUCUCGCAGCGGCUGGUCCCAACGAGCAUAAGAUCGAAGACCUUAAGAGCUGGACUGAGCUCCGUAAAGGUCGCUUUUCGCUUGACAUGGAUGAGACUGUAACUCAUCUUCUCUGCACAAAUGAUCAGUUUAAAGCCAGAUUGUUGACCAGGCUAAUCAAUUUUGAUGCAGUCAAAAGGGCCCAGAGCAAGGACCAGAGAAAAGUCCAUAUCGUUCAUGUGGACUGGUUCACUUUUUCUUGUACCCGCAACAAGAAGCUCCGAGAGACGGAGUAUGACUUCAAAUCCAUCCGACGCAAAGAGCUGGCAAAAAUCAAAAAGCAACGCCAGGAGGAACGCAGGGCUCAAAAUACGGCACUCGGAGAGACAUGGAUCAAUCCAGAUCUCUAUCACAUCUUCACUGACAAGCAUCACUUCCGCUAUGAAAUUCAGCUGUACCGGACAUUUAAGAACGAGGACGGAGCCGUCCAUGACAAAUACGAGCUCUUUCUCUUCGAAUCCCAUGCCAAACCUCAUCUAUAUUGGUUCGGUGCGAGGUUAUUCCAGAAAAAGGGCGACGGCGUCUGGCGUCCUCGCGGGGUUGAACGCACCAGCACGACGCCAAGCACGUUCAAACCAGAGUACAAUCGCUUCAAGGACUUUUUUAGACUCAAAACGAAGUACAAUUGGUAUGAUCGAGUUCUUAAAGCCGGGACCGGAGAGAGGAUGCAUUUCAGCUAUUUGCCCCCAACUCGAGGCAAACCUGUGGGCGGUAACCUAACCAAAGGCCUCAAUUAUGACGAGUGUGUCCGCCAGAACAUUGAGCUCCGUACACUCUGGUUCGAGCUCUUUGGGGACGAGUUACCCGACGACAUCCAAAUCGAAACAGUGAUGAAGGAUAUCCUUGAAGACAUCAUUAACAGAGUCUGUGUGUCUGGAGAACAAUAA